CAGUCGGAUGCGCAGUGAUGGCUUCGAUGAAGAGGGCCACAGGAUGGACUGGAAAACAAAGAACUCGCAAUUUCUCGACCCACUCGAAGAUGAUCUCCUUAGGGCCCGGUCCUGGAAUAAAAAGCUGUAUGAAUGUGAAGCCAACAUGCCAGACAGAUGGGGUCACAGUGGCUAUAAAGAGUUGUACCCUGAAGAAUUUGAUACGGACAGUGACCAGCAAGAAGGAGAUGAACAAAAAGCUAUCAACGGGAAGAGGAAAUCCCAUCAGGGAAAGCAAACUGCCCGUGAGUCGCACAAACGGAAGAAAACAAAGAAAUCGCACAAGAAGAAGCAAAAAAAGCGAUCGCACAAAAAGCGAAAGAAAAAGAAAAAGGAGCAGGGGAGAACAUCAUCAGAUUCUUCCCAGGAGAGCGAGUGCUCGGAAGAGGAGACUUCAAGCACCCGCAAAGGGAAACACAAGCGCAAGAAAAAGACCAGGAAAGUGCCUGCCAAGGAACCUACCUCUUCUUCUGGGCAGGAAAGUGACUUUUCUCAUGCAAGUAGCUCAAGCACCAGCAGCUCUGAGGACAGUGAAUCUGAGGAGAAAAAAGAGAAACAUCCCCCAAAAAAGAGAAAGAAACAUCACAAUUCUGUGUCAGAGAGGCACAGUGAAGUACCAGAGAAGAAGAACAAGAGGAAGAACUGGAAAGUGGCUGCUGAUGAAAAAUCGGAGGAUAGCUCAGAUGAGGACUGAUGAGCCUAGGCUGCAGCUCAAACAGUAAAGUAGAGGACAGAGGCAGGUAUUUGUCUUUCA